CGUAACCAGACAAAGCCAUCAGCUAUGGACGAGGCCGAGAAAGCGAAAAUGCAGGAACGUGAAAGGAAGAAAGUCGAAGUUCGGAAACGCCUCGAGGAAGCGAGUAAGCUUAGAGGGCGAGAAAAAUUGAACAAAGGUUUCAUGACCGCCGAAAGGAAGAAAAAGCUACGGAAACUACUCCGAGACAUGAACUCCAACAUGAUAUCCCGGGAAUACGAGAGGAGGCGGCUCGCGAGAGACAAGGCCAUCAAAGAACGAUGCGGUCAACCGAAAAAUCUCGAUGGAGUCUACGAUCUGAAGGAAUUGCAGGCUAUCGUAGCCAGCUACCAUGCGCGUAUCGUUCGACUGGAGGAACAGAAGUACGAUCUCGAGUACGAAGUGCGGCAGAAAGAUUUCCUCCACAACGAAAUGACGAUCCAGGUUAAUGAGCUCCGGGGAAAGUUCGUCAGACCCAUCCUCAAGAAAGUUUCGAAGUUCGACAAACUCAAGAAGAGCAUCAGGACGGCCGAAGGGAGCGCGACGGAGAGCCUACACUUCAGUCGACAGUCGCUGAAAACUGUGAAGAAGAAAGUCAUGCUCCAAGACGAGAAAACCGAACGUCCAGAAUGGGCUGCGCAGAAGUCUUGCACCGAAGGCUCAUCGGAACAGCGGACCUCUGAAGUAGAAUAGAGGAUACAGCCUCUAACUCCAAGGAGCUUCUCGGAAGGAUUUAUCCGAUGUUCGCGCGCCCGCUGCGGGAAGGAAUUCAUCAUGAAUUUAGGAGCGGAAUGCUGACCGGGAUUCCCAAUGUUUCCGAGAUCGGGAGAGAUUGCCAAUCUCUCCGGAAGACGAUUGA